AGAUCAAUUGAUAAAUAUAUUUUAUAAAAUCGAUUGAAAGUACGCUUGUCGAUAUUUUUCUAUAAUGGCUUUACCGCUUAGUUCUCAAUACCUCAAAAUUUUGGAAAAAGAUUUGUGUAGGCGGGCGAACCAUUGUAUAUGGAAACAAUUUGCUUCCACAUUGUCCGAUAAUAAAAUAAUUAAAGGACUAGUACUUGGGGUCUAUGAAGGCGAAGGGGAUGCUGAACCCAAGUUAAGCGCUACUGCUGAGAAAUUUAAUGAUCGAGUCAAUGGAAAAAUCAUGGAUCUUAUAAGGGCAUGGAAUAUAACGGGUGCUGUAGGUAAAGGAAAAGUGUUUAAUAAUAUCGACCCUGAAUUUAGAUCCAUUGCUCUUGUGGGCGUGGGUGCACAAAACGUGGGCUUUAAUGAAAUGGAGAUGAUUGACGAAGGGAUGGAAAAUGUUCGUAUAGCAGCUGGCGUAGGUGCACGUAGCUUACAAUAUCAAGGUUGUUCUGAUGUAUUCAUUGACGGUCUUGAUUAUGCUGAACAAGCAGCGGAAGGUGCUUCUUUAUGGAAAAAGGACCUCAUGUAA